AUGUUAAAAACUCCUAGUCUUAAAUCAUUUUCUAAUCCAAGUGAAAGAAAUCAAUCAGAACAAUACAUUCAAUGUUAUACUAAUAAAAUCAUUAGACAAGUGUAAUAACUCAAUUCUUCAUACUAUGAAGAAGACCAAUUUGAUUAAUGCUAAAAUACUAAUCAUAUACAAUAAUUUGAAGAUUAUAUGUAAAAUCUUGUUGAAAUCAUAUCAAAUCCACCAAAUUCAUAAUAUCUAAGCAAAUACUAUGUACUUUCUACAGAAAAUGAAACUAUUACAUUUAUUAGUGAAACACAUCCAGAAACUCUUAUGGAUUAUAUUAAAUUAAGACAUUAGAAUAAUGCUCCAAUGAAUGAAGAUGAAAUUGUAUAAUUGGCAUAUGCAAUACUUAAUGGUUUAUCAAAUAUUAACAUAUUAUACUUGAGUCCCUCUUACAUAAUCAAAAAAUGGAAGAUCAUCAAUUAUAUGGAGUAAAUGGUUCAUCAAAAUCAAAGAUAAUUUUUGGAAUCAGAAGACAAAUUAUAUUUGGCACCUGAAUUAUAUAAGUAUUUAGAUAUUGAACUAAAUGAUUGUGAUGAUUUCAAUAAACAUUUAAGUUAAGAAAUUAAUGCACCUAAAGCAUCUGUUUAUUCAUUAGGAAUCAUAUUAUUAUAAUGCAUUUAUUUUGAAUUCAAAAAGGAUAAUACUAAUAAUUAUUAAGAUAUUCUUAAAAACUCUAAAUAUAGUUGGUCUUUAAGAGAUCUCAUCCAAUAGAUGUUAAGAGAAGAAGAUGAAAGAAGUUCAAUUAAAGAAUUACUUUCAAAUCCUUUAUUUUAUGAACAUAAAUAAAUUGAUAUUUAACCUAAAUAAUAAAAUCAAAUGUCUUUAGCAGUAUUUUUCCAAUUUGUAAAGAACAAAUUUUUCAACUUAGAUUGGGCAGAUCAAUUUUUUUCUAUGGAAGAAAUAAUUUAUAUCAGUGAUCUUAAGGAAGGUAUUUAUCCUAUUGGUGAAUUGAAAUCUGAAAUAAAUAGUCAAAUUACUUAAAUCAUUUAAAAUUGUCCCAAUAAUUGCACUCUAGAAGAAUUGAUUGCUACUCUUACAAAAAUUGCAAAUCCUUAAUAAUAAGAAGAAAAUUAAGUUAUAUAACCUAAGAAAUAACAAUUUUUAUUUAGAAAAUGGUUUAAAAAACAAGAAUAAAAAAGUGAAGAUAUGUAAGAAUAAGUACUUGCUCCUUAAGAGCCAACUUAUAUGGCAUAAGUAUUAUUAUUGAAAUUGAUUUCCUAAGCAUCUGAAAAAGCAUUUUAAACUUUUAUUUCUAAGGUUAUUCAUUUUAUGGGAGGUUCUGGUUUAAUUUGGUAAAACAUAAGAAAAGCAUUUUGGCCAAGAGCUCUAGGGUUUGAAUCCUUAGAAGCCUAAAGAUAAAUUGUAUAAUUAACACUUGAAUUAUGUGAAUAUUUGAAUGCUUCAAAAGAGAAGGAUGUAAUUUAACUUGAAAAAGAUUUAAAUAGAUAAAAAUAUAGUAAAAGAACUUAAGAUGCAAUAAGAAUUACAAUAAGAGGAUUUAUAAAUUAAUCUGUUUCUAAUUGUUAUAUAUAAGGAAUGGAUUCUAUUUCUUAUAUUCUCUUAGAAGCUUUUAAUUAUGAUUCUGAACUUAGUACAAUAUGUUUAAAUGAGAUUUACAAGAAAAGAAUUGUAAAUUUACCUCCUGAAGAAGAAUAAGUAGAAAUAAGUGAAUAUUUUGGAUAAAAAUUAUAAGAGAAGAUAUUACUAUAUAAUUGGACACUCUAAUAUUUUGAUCCAGGUUUAAGUAAUCAUCUGAAAGAAACUGAUUUUAAGUGUGAAACUCAUAUUGUUUCAUGGUUUAGUACUUUUUAUGCAAGGGAAUUCAACUUGGAGAAUGUGAUGAAAAUAUAUGAUUAUUUCUUAAUUUCAGAUGAAUCAUUUGAAAUUUUAUUAGCAUGUUAAAUUAUGUUAGAACUCAAAUCAACUUUUGAAAUUAAAGAUAGUGAAGGAAUGCUUAGUUGUCUUAAGAAUCUGUAGAAUAAUAUUUAAUUAGAUAAUUGUUUAUAAAAUUCUCUUAGAUUUUCAACUUAAUUACAUAAAACAUUUUUCAUUCUCACACAUUAGGAUGAAGAAAUUUGCAAUUAAAUGAAAGAAGAAAAUGAAUAUUUAUAAGAAAGACCUUGGGAACAUCCAUUAACAUUUAAAUAAUUAUAAGAGUAAUUAACAUUUUCUAUCUCAAUUCAUGAUUUUUAAUAAUUAUUAAGAGAAUAAAAAUCAUCCUUUAAUGUUUUAUCUUUAGAUAUGAGAAGUGCUAAGGAUUAUGAAUAGGCAUGUAUAUCUGGUUCCUUAUUUGCAUAUUAUGAUAAAAAGAAAAUUAAUAAUAUUUAAUUAUUAAACUAUUUUGAACUUAGAGGACUGGUUGAAGAAUAAAAUAUCUAUUAUAUAGUUGUAAUAUGUGAUUCAGAAAAAUAAAAUGUAAAAGAAAUUAUGGAUUAUUUACUUAAAUAACGAAUUAAACGUCUUGUACUUUUAAAGGGAGGAAUUUAAGCUGCCUUACUAGAUGCUUAAGAUAUAAUAAAGGUUAAAUAGAAGGCAGUUUUACCUCCAUGGAUCAAAUUAUAAAUUGAUGAAUUAAAGAAAAAAAACAUCUAAUCAAAAGAUUGA